AUGGCAACCUGCUCCCAGCCACCCUCUUGUGCCCACUCCCCUAUCAAUCAGGGACUGCUGGAACCCCUACUUCCACCAGCCUCCCCUGAGCUUGGCAAAGUAUCCCUCAAGAAGGUCAUCCACCUCCUCUGGGGGCUCCAAGCCCAAGUCAACUGUAUUGAGCAGACCCUCUUGGAACAAACCAAGAUUAAUCAAGAGGUUUGCACCAACAUUGAAAACAUCUUGCAAACUGUUGAUGUUGUCAAGGAUGGUCUUGCCCAGCUUGCCUGGGGUCCCCACACCCCAGAAGAACAAAAACCCCCCACAGUCAAGGAAACUCCCAGGGCUGUGCCCAAAGUCAAGCCUAUUGGCAAGACUCAACCAUUCCUUGGGGCCCCAGCCCCCAUCAUCUCCACAGGGGCUCCUAGGCGCAACCCCCUUGUGUCAUGA